AUGUUAACUGUGAUUUGUCACUUCAAUGCUACGGAGGUUUUAGGAACUGAGAUUAAUUUCGAGACACGGAUUGAUAUGGUUCUUGAGACUCUCCUUGAGAUGUUCUUAGAUUUUAUAGUUGACUAUAAUCUAUAUAAGAUAGACAUGUCUAUGACAGAAUUAAUGAAAGAGUUCCAAAAUGCUGAAACUGUUCCAAAAGCCAGAAGUGGAAAUACUUUGAUUGUAAUAGUCGAAUACUCUCAUUCUCAGACUUCUGGUGGCAAAGGAGGAAAUAAGAGGAAUAAGCCAAACAAAAAGAAAGAUGGAAAGUCAAAAGGAAAGAAAACUACUGCUGAUGGAAAAUCAAAGGGAAAGUGUUUUUCUUGUGGACUAAAGGAUUAG